AUGUUGGAUGUAAACGAUUUCAUUACUGAGCGAGGUGGCAACCCUGAAGCCAUCCGUGACUCUCAACGUCGCCGUUUCGCAAGCGUUGAAGUUGUGGAUGAAGUUAUUGCUCUUUUUGAAGACCACCGAAAGACGCAGUAUGGAGCGACCCAAAUCAACUCCCAAAUCAACGAUGUCCAAAAGCAAAUCGGAGCGAAGAAGAAGGCCAAGGAAGAUGCUACCGAGCUUCUCCAGCGAAAGAUUGAGCUUGAGAAGGAAAAAAAGGCUAUGAUUGAAUCUGCUGCGGAGAAGGAAAAGACUCUCAAAGCAAAGGUUUCUACCAUUGGCAAUAUCGUCCAUGCCAGUGUCCCUGUCAGCGACAAUGAGGAUAACAAUGCAGUUGAAAGAACUUGGGCCCCGGAGGGCGUUGCUGUUGAGAAACGGGAUGUCCUGUCUCACCACCAAGUGCUUCUGCGAUUGGACGGGUACGAUCCUGAUCGUGGAGUGAAAGUCGUUGGCCACCGAGGAUAUUUCCUCCGCCAGUGGGGUGUUUUCUUGAACCAAGCUCUUAUCAACUACGGUUUGGAAUUCCUCUCUCAACGUGGUUACUGCCCACUUCAAGCUCCGCAGUUCAUGCUGAAGGACCAGAUGGCCAAGACGGCCCAGCUUGAAGACUUUGAUGAACAACUGUACAAAGUGAGCGAUGGAGACGCCAAGAAUGACAAAUACCUUAUUGCGACCUCGGAACAACCUAUUUCUGCGUUCCAUGCCGACGAGUGGCUUGUUGCUAAGGAUCUUCCCAUCAAAUAUGCCGGCUAUAGCACCUGCUACCGUCGUGAGGCUGGUUCUCAUGGACGUGAUGCAUGGGGUAUUUAUCGCGUACAUCAAUUUGAGAAGAUUGAACAAUUCGUAUACACUGACCCUGAGAAAUCCUGGGACGCAUUUGAGGACAUGAUUAAGGUGUCCGAAGAAUUUUACCAGUCUCUCGAACUUCCGUACCAGGUUGUUGCCAUUGUUUCAGGAGCGCUGAACAACGCAGCCGCCAAAAAGUUCGACCUCGAAGCCUGGUUUCCAUUCCAGGGCGAGUAUAAGGAAUUGGUUUCUUGUUCCAACUGCACUGAUUACCAGGCCCGCUCUCUUGAGAUUCGAUUUGGAGCUAAAUCCCAGACGGAAACAAAGAAGAAAUACGUCCACUGCCUUAACUCAACCCUCUGCGCAACGACACGAACGCUGUGCUGCAUUCUUGAGAACUACCAGACUGAAUCUGGCUUGAAUGUUCCUAAGGUUCUUCAAAAAUAUCUUCCAGGAUCUCCAGAAUUCAUCCCCUUUGCUAAGGAGCUAGCUAAGGAGCCAGCUGCGCAGAAAAGCCUCCCUCAGCGACCCAAGGAAGCUAAAUAA